CCUCCUGCCCGAGACCCGCCUCUUUCAUGGGGCAGCCGGCUGCUGUCCUUGUCUCAGCGCCGUGCACGGACAUCCGUUCGGCCGCGGCAUGAACGAGGUGCCCCGGGAGGCGGGUGGCUUGGCGGGGCCCGCACUGCCCCCGGCCGCCACCGCUGACACUCGCAGAGGCUGGCUCUACAAAUGGACCAACUAUCUGAAAGGUUACCAGCGCCGCUGGUUCGUGCUCAGCAACGGGCUCCUCUCCUACUACAGGACACAGGCUGAGAUGGCACACACAUGCAGAGGCACCAUUAACCUAGCAACUGCCCACAUCGAUGCAGAGGAUGCAUGCAUCAUUGUGCUCUCAGAUAGUGGACGCACGUACUAUCUGAAGUCGAGCUCUGAGGUGGAGAGACAAUGCUGGGUGACAGCACUUGAAUUGGCCAAGUCCAAAGCUGUUCGGAUGAUGAGCAAUCAGUCAGAUGACUCUGGUGAUGAGGAGCCAACCUCGCAGUCUGAUAAGAGUGGGCUGCACGCCACCCUGAGGACGCUUGCCAGUAAGCUUGAUGAUCUGAGCCAGUGCAACGAUCUCAUCGCAAAGCAUGGAGCAGCCCUUCAGAGAUCCCUGAGCGAGCUCGAGACAUUGAAGCUCCCAGCUGAGAGCGGGGAGAAGAUUAAAGCAGUCAGUGAGCGAGCCACCCUCUUUCGCAUCACAUCCAAUGCUAUGAUCAAUGCAUGCCGCGACUUUCUGGAGCUAGCAGAGACACACAGUCGGAAAUGGCAGCGAGCCUUGCAGUACGAGCGUGAGCAGCGUGCCCGACUUGAAGAGACGAUCGAGCAGCUAGCCAAGCAGCACAACAGUCUGGAGCGAGCCUGCCGUGGAGCGCCGACACUGCCAACCAGCUCCACAGAGGUCUCCAACGCCAGCAAAGGAAGCUGGACUGAUUCUUGGCUGGGACAAAGAUCGCACCGUAUAAAAGCGAGAACGCGACCCGUGAAAGGGGAGACAAGUGACGAAGAUGAGGAGACCGAAUACUUUGACGCCAUGGAGAGUGCACCAGAAUUCAUCACAGUAACAACCGAUCCUACAGAACACAGGCGAACAGGAAGUAAUGUCAGUGCUACCAGCAGUGAUCAGACUGAAACGUGGAACCCAGAGGACCAGGCAUUUGACUGUGGGCACCAGGCUUCUUUCAAUGCGUCAGCAAGUAGACCAGUAAAGCCAAGCAGAAAGAGGCGAACCCAAAUCCCAGAAAAGCCUAAUUAUAGCCUUAACCUUUGGAGCAUCAUGAAAAACUGCAUUGGGAAGGAGCUGUCCAAAAUCCCUAUGCCUGUUAAUUUCAAUGAGCCUUUAUCGAUGCUUCAAAGAUUAACUGAAGACUUAGAAUAUCACGAUUUAUUGGACAAGGCAGCUCGGUGUGAAAACCCAGCUGAGCAGAUGUGCUAUGUGGCUGCAUUCUCCGUGUCUUCUUACUCAACGACCGUCCAUCGCACAGCAAAGCCAUUUAACCCUCUGCUGGGGGAGACCUUUGAGCUGGACCGGCUAGAGGAGAGUGGCUUCCGUUCGCUGAGUGAGCAGGUGAGUCACCAUCCACCCGCUGCAGCACACCACGUCUAUUCUAAGAAUGGCUGGACCUUGUGGCAGGAAAUUACCAUUGCCAGCAAGUUUCGUGGGAAGUACCUCUCCAUCAUGCCACUAGGUGCUAUUCACUUACAAUUCCACUCUGGAGGCAACCACUAUAUGUGGAGGAAGGUCACCUCCACUGUACACAAUAUCAUUGUAGGCAAGCUAUGGAUUGACCAGUCAGGAGACAUCGACAUUGUGAACUUCAAGACAAAGGACAAAUGUCAACUCAAGUUCAGUCCCUAUAGUUACUUCUCACGAGACUGUGCCAGGAAGGUGACGGGUGUGAUGACUGACCGAGAAGGCAAAGCAAAUUAUAUCCUGUCAGGGACAUGGGAUGAGAAGAUGGAAUUUGCAAAAGUUGUACAAAGCAGUCAAGAUGGGACCAGUUAUGAGGGCAAACAGAAAACUGUUUACCAGACCCUUCCACCCAAGGCGCUGUGGAGGAAGUAUGCACUUCCGGACAAUGCAGAAAACAUGUACUACUUCUCUGAGCUGGCACUCACCCUGAAUGAGAUGGAGAGUGGGACGGCACCAACUGACAGUCGCCUGCGUCCGGAUCAGCGCUUGAUGGAAAACGGCGACUGGGAGGAGGCAAAUGUGGAGAAGCAGCGAUUAGAAGAGAAGCAGAGAGCCGUCCGACGCUUGAGAGAGGCCGAGGCAGCCAAAGCCUUGGAGGAAGGCAGGGACUCUGAAGCCUACAAACCGGUGUGGUUCGAGAAGAAAGAGGACCCCUUCACUGGAGAAGAGAUGUACGUGUACAAAGGUGGCUACUGGGAGUGCAAGGACACACAAGACUGGAAGUUGUGCCCAGACAUCUACUGAGCACGUUCAACUCUAGGCCGAAGGACCUCAGAGUCUCUCCACUUACCAGCAGUAGAGGAAAGGAGCAUCAUCAACCUCCACUGCAGAACAGAGCAAUGGAAACGUACAGGGCAGCUCUCUGGUACAGACGACAUCAAUGCAAAUAAACACCACAGCCCCACUCACAAGACACAACACAGCUCCCUCCUCUCCCCUGGAAAAUGCAUCCCAUAGAAGAUCCAUGGAAUUAUUUUUAACCACAGAUGUCCAUAGAGUGAAAGCGGUGGGUUGCUUGGGGGUUCGGUGAUCACCACCGAUGUUCAAACAGCCAGGUAAUCCAACAUCCAUAGUCCCCUGAGAACCCAACUGUUGAUGUGAUCUGCAGUCCUGGACAGAAGGUCAGAAUUUUGUCAGACAAAUUAUCAGGUGAAAUCAGAUUUUACUGUUGAAGGACGAUGUAUAGAUCUGUGUUAGACUGGAAUCACUCUGUGCUGGGAGCUAGAUUGGUCUUCUGUGCAACCUGGUGGUGGGUCCUUGUGCUCUUGGCAUCAUUGCAUACAGAGACGAAAGGGACAGCAGGGAAGGAGAAAGGGCUUGCUGUGGGGAAUCACUGAACUUAACAUGAGAACACAAGCUGAGAAUGAUAGUGUGUGGAAGGUGAAGCGCAGACUGCUGUUCUCGAGCAUGAUCCUACUCGGCUACUAAGUAGAUCAACUGAUUUGUUGUGCUUUAGAUCAACUUAAACCAUAACAUUGUCACACUUAAUUGCAAAAUUGCAGUAGUCAGGUAGCAAGUCAUGUCGCAAGCUUAAAGUCUAGAGAUUCUGCAAGGUUUGGCAUACCAAAUCAUUUGCUCUGACAUAUAAUGUAUUAUCAACAUUGCUCUCUACCUCACAAUUCAGUGGAUUAGGUCUGUUUUUCACCACACUGCAACAUGGGCUGCUGGAUCACUGAUUAAAGGUUACCUUGCACUCCCAGUCCCCUGAACGGAUGUUUGUGUUGUGAUUUGAUCCUAAUCCACUCACCAUCACCACCACCACCACCAUUCCAAGUCCUAACAGAUAAAGCACAACAACUGGAAUUUACAGUUGGUGUUACACAUUCAGUAGUCGGUUUUUUUCCAACACACACACACAGGUUUUCUGCCCUUCAUCUUGUUGACAACCACUUUUUAACCUUCAGAGUAUUUCCUGAGCAAAGCUUUGUGAAUUUGCUGCAAAUGGGUAGUGAUGCAGACUGAAACAGCUUCCUGUGGGAAGCCAGUUUAGACCAGAAGAAUUAGAUCAUUUGGCCCAUCGUCUAUUCCACCAUUCAAUCAUGGCUGGUUUAUUUGUCCUUCUGAACCCCAUUCUCCUGCCUUCUCCCGGUAUGUUCUGAUGCACCUACUAAUCAAGAUUUAAUCAACCUCUGUUUUAAAUAUUCUCAAUGACUUGGCCUCCACUACUGUCUGUGGCAGUGAAUCUAUCAAUUCACUGCCUCUGUGCUGUGCUGGUGACCUGAAGAAGUGCAACAGUGAUAUUGUGAGAAGGGGAUCUUCACUGUGACUGAGAAAACCACGUUAUCAACUCAGAAAGGAAGCUGCUUAAGAUGUUUAUUUCCAAGCAACAAUUCAGAUCCUUUCGACGGAGCAACAGGUAGUAACAGAGACUGAUAAGUCCACAGCAUCUACCGCCAACAUUUAUGAUUGGCCUAAUUUCAGAGUUAGUCUUACAUGAAGAAUAAUUAAGUCAUUCCAGUUCUGUACCUCUAACUAUGUGUACUACCCUUCUCCUUCAAAUCCACAAGCAGAAUAAACAUCUGCUAUUGAUGAUGGAAAAGUUAUUUGGGCCGCAGAGGAAAAAAAAAUGAUGGGAUGUGCUGUCUUCAUGGCUACCCUCAUCUUUAUUCCUUAUCUUAAUUGUCUUCUCUUCCAUUUAUUGCCUCGACCUGGUCCACCGUUUCUGGUAUAUCUAGAACUUCCCUCCCUGCUUCUUUCCUCUAAUUCUUGCCUAACUCAUAAGCACCCAUUGUUCUCACUACAGCUCCCCUAUUUGUGACUGGUUUCCCAUUUAUUAUCAAAGCACCUUGAGUCAUGAGUUUUCCACUCACUAAAGGCACUUUACUACUGAUAGAUUGUGGACAUGAUUUGAACCAGUUUUUGCACAAUGUAUUUUAUUUUUAGAGAUACAGCACAAAUAGGCCUUCUGGCCCUCCAGUCUGUGCCACACAGCAACCACCGAUUUUAACCCCAGCCUAAUCAUGGGACAAUUUACAAUGACCAAUUAACCUACCAACCGGUACGUCUUUGGACUGUGGAAGGAAACCAGAGCACCCGGAGGAAAUGUGUGUGGUCACGGGGAGAAUUUACAAACUCCUUACAGGCAGCAGCAGGAAUUGAACCCGGGUGACUGGUACCGUAAAGCAUUGCACCAACCACUACGUUACCCGUCCUACCACACUUGGCCCAUUCUCAUCUUAUUUCAACUCCUUUAAUCACGAUCUGAUCCAUAAACCAUCUUUUCUGAAACUCUUCCUAUUCAGUGGCCUAUGACUCUUGACCUGUCCUCUCAGAUUCAGGUAGCUGCUGUUGCUUCAUUGAAAUGAUAAUGUUAGGCAUCAAAUUGGACAGUGUAGAGUUAGCUGAAGAUAGAGUACUGGAGAUCAUAAUUACCUUUGUCAGAGGAGGAGAGAUCUGUAUGCAUUCAUCUCCUACUGCUGGUUACCACCAGCAUAAGAUCAGUCCGAGGCUAACAAACACAACAAAUCGCCCAACUCAAUAUAUUGAAGCAAGCAGAGGAAAUAUAAUAGGCCAUUGAAAGCUUGCAUUAAUGACUUAUCAAUGUCUGCAGUCAUUCAGCACUAAAUAACUGGGAGUUCCCAGUUCCCCAAAAGCAAGAAUGAUCAUUAAGACUGAAGCAAUUACCUUGAGCUGUGGCCUCUGGAUUAUGUAUACGAUGACAUCCUGAUGUACACUUUGAUUCACACGUGGAUGGGGAAUUGCAAAUGCCUCAUCCUAACAUGUCAUUUUAAAGGCACAGUGAGUUCUAAUAAAGGGUCUCGGCCCAAAAC